AUGUACGCUAAGGACCGUAACAUUGUUAUUUUGAUGGACAAUGCUAGCAACCACGUGCUCAAGUCGGAAGAGGUUGAGUCGGAAGACCUCUUUGGCUUCCGCACGCGUAAGCUUAGCAACGUCCGCAUCGUGUACUUGCCGCCAAACACCACGGCCUUCACCCAACCCCUCGAUCAAGGGAUCAUUGCAAUGGCGAAGCGCACCGAGUGCCUCCCGCGUGUGUGGGCAAUGGAACUUGGGCACGUGGGCAACGGUGGCAACGAUGUCAACGGCGGCAACGGCACCGCCAACACUGAGCUCGAGGAGGCCGUGGGCGACGUGGGGAUUCUCAUCGAUCGCCUCGGCCUUGGAUCGGUCGCGAUGCCGGCUGGUGACUUCGUCCGCAUCGAUGACAACCAGCCGACUUGCGCCGAACCGGGCCAGGACCCGCUGGUGACUGAGCUGCCGUUUGCCCCGGUUGCCGAGAUGUGGGAGGCAGCGGCUAGCAAACAAGCCGUCUAUGACGACAGCAAUCCCGCCAACCACGAGGCACGGAGCUACGCGCGCACCGCAAGUGAGAUGCUUAUCAGCUACGCGAGGGCCACCGGCAUCACCUCGCGUGACCUCUGCGCACUUUUUGACAUCCGUAACCCCAUCAUCAGGAGCCGGAUGGAGCGCACAGGCCCAGCUCUUAAUCUGAAUAGCACGCCUCCUCCCGCCAUGCCCCUUGGCGCCACCCCGCCUGCUGAGACCCCUCGUCGCUGUGGCCGUGUGCUGCUGGCGUGGAUGACGCAGCUGACGCCAGAGUGGGUCAGUGUGGCUCAGCAGGCGGCAUGCCGCCAGGAGCUCAUUGACGCAUGGGCGCUCGCCGUUAUGAGCGGCUACCUGGCUGUUGCCGAGUGGAUGCAGUUGUGA